AUGGAUCACAAUGAAUUUCGCGUUAAAGCAAAAGAGUUGGUGGAUUAUAUGGCAGAUUAUCUGGAGAACAUCAGAGAUCACCGCGUGUACCCUGGCGUCCAGCCGGGAUACCUUCACAGGCGUCUGCCCACUGAAGCACCACAGUUACCUGAGAAAUGGGAUGACAUUUUUAAAGAUGUCGAGGAUCAUAUUAUGCCAGGACUCGUCCACUGGCAAAGCCCUCACAUGCAUGCGUAUUUCCCAGCUCUGACCUCCUACCCCUCCAUAAUGGGAGAAAUGUUAUCGAGCACUUUAAACUGCCUUUGUUUCACUUGGGCGUCGUCUCCAGCUGGAACAGAACUCGAGACUAUCGCUAUGAACUGGCUGGGAAAAAUUCUUGGUCUACCUGACUGUUUCCUAAAUGAGAAGAAUGACAGCCAAGGAGGAGGUGUUAUUCAAACAACUGCAAGUGAAGCAACUCUGGUCAGUCUGCUGGCUGCUCGAACUCGGGCACUUAUGGAGCUGUCGAAACUGAAUCCUGAUCUACAAUCAUCUGAGCUGUUAGGACACUUGAUAUGCUAUUGUUCUGAUCAAGCUCACUCUUCAGUCGAGAAAGCUGGAUUGAUUGCAUUGGUGAGAAUGAGGUACAUCGAGUCUGAUGACAACCAGUGCAUGCGUGGUGCUAAGCUCGAAGAAGCCAUCCUCGCUGACAAGGCAAAGGGAUUGGUGCCCUUCUGGGUUUGUGCAACCUUGGGUACCACUGGCUCGGUUGCUUUCGACAAUCUUCGUGAGAUAGGCGAAGUCUGCGAGAAGCAUUCCGCGUGGCUGCACGUGGACGCCGCAUACGCAGGCAGCGCGUUUGUUUGUCCGGAAUACAGACACUGGCUGGAUGGCGUGGAACUGGCCGAUUCUUUUGCUUUUAACCCAUCGAAAUGGCUCAUGGUGAAUUUUGACUGUACCGGAAUGUGGAUUAAGGACAGCACGGCCCUACACAGAACCUUCAAUGUUAAUCCAAUUUACUUGCGUCACGAAAAUUCAGGCAAAGCGAUUGAUUACAUGGUUGGAUCUCAAGAAGCGAACACGAAACAUGAUAUAAACAUAAUCAACAAUGAGAGUGAUACAAAACUCAACGGACCUGAAGACAUAACCCACAGCGAUGAAGGUUAUCCGAUUGGUGAUGAACUUUAUAAUGAGAGCGAUGAUGAAAAAAAACUACACGGUUAUGAUAAGAUUUCGAACGGUUGUGCCCAGAAAAUACAGUUAGAAAACCCAGAUAAGAAAGAGGCUCUUCACUGGCAAAUACCUCUGAGUCGUCGUUUCAGAGCCUUGAAACUGUGGUUCGUCUUGCGAAACUACGGUGUUGUCGGUUUACAGAAACACAUUCGCGAGAGCGUCCGCUUAGCUCAAAAGUUUGAAGCUUUAGUGCUCGCUGACCAACGUUUUGAAGUUCCACAACCAAGGAAUUUAGGUAUGGUCGUAUUUCGUCUGAAAGGUGAUAAUACUUUGACCGAACGCCUACUCAAAAAGCUGAACGCUCGAGGCUAUAUUCACGCAGUACCUGCUUGCUUUAAAGGAGUCUACGUUAUACGUUUCACUGUCACUUCCCAGAGAACUACUAAUCAGGAUAUACUUGAUGACUGGAAUGAAAUAAAGACGGUUGCAUCUGAAAUAUUAAUGGAUAUGUUCGGUACUGACAAUGGAAAUAUUGUUAUACAUAAAAAACCAAGGAUUUCGUUGAAAGAAACUCGCGAACUGAACGCCACGUUCGGUACAAGCCUUCUCCUCGCCAACAGUCCCAUGAGCCCUAAAAUCGUGAACGGAACCCACGUUGCUAUAUGUGAUUAUGAAAAAGUGCUCUCGUCUUGCGCGCAAACAUUUGCACAACUCAAAAUGGAACCAAAGGAUAGCCCUGAGAUGCGUAGACGGAUCCGUGGUAUGCGCAUGUGCGGGAAGAAAUUUUCUCUGGACUCCUAUAUGGAUAUGGUGCAAGGCCUGAUGGUUGAGCAGUCGCUCCCUCAGUGCUCUGAGGAGGAGAGAGAGGAUGCCUCUAACGCAUCUAGCGAUCCUGGUGACAGAUCUUCUAUUUCAUCGUCACCAGUAACAUCUACUAUGACGAUAAAGCAAGACACCAAUACAGAUAACCCACCGCCCAACCAACUACUAGUACCUGCGGUGCUAUCGAGACAAUUUCGAUCAAAAUCCUUUGAUAUAUCGCUUCCAGACUUGAAAUUAGAUGACGCUACUGUAUCGAUCGAUAUGAAGAACAAUGAAAUAACAAUCACUCCGACUGGUUCUAAAACAAUCGACGAUCAAGUUCGUUUUAACGCUGUCGAUGGUAAACUCAAUAUAGGCGACAGGAUCAGUCAAGCGUUUGAUAGUUUUCAAGGUACUUUGCUUGAGCGAAAUGAUACCAGCGAUAAAGUUGCUGAUAAAAGCGGUGACUCGAAUUCAAAACUUACUAUCAAAGGACCGGGUAGUUAUAUAAAGAAACUUAUACAACAAUUCAGUGAAGGGCCUUUUGAAACGGAAGAGACAAAUGCUGAAGUUCAAAAAGCGGUUACUACUCAAACUAUAAAAGAUAGGGCUGAUGCGAUUUGUAAGAAAUGCUUUCACUAUAAAGGUAGAAUUAAUAAGUAA